AUGGUACAGUGUGAUAGCUGUGACGAAUGGCAUCAUUACAGCUGUGUAGGUGUCGGUCAAGAUAUCGAAAAUGAGCCGUGGUGUUGCGUGAAAUGUGCGGAAAAGGCGAAGAAGAAGCGAAAGUCUAAGGUGACGAAGCUUGUGAAAGAGACGAAAGCAAAGGAGCGAAAGGCGGCUUUAGUGACUUCGGCAGCGUCGAAGAAAUCCUCCCGGGAGCACCUGAAACUCCAACUACGGAAACUCGCAGCGGAGCAGACACUGCUUGAAGAGAAGAAAAAACUGAUCGAGAAGCAGUUCAGUGUAUGCCAGGAGCUAGCAAAUCUAGACGACGAAGAUGAGUCGGGAGAUGAUGUAGUGGACGGCAACUCCAAAGUAAAGGAGUGGUUGAGCGAUGAACGUGACCAGGGUGAAGAGAAAGCUGAAAGUGAAGUAAGCGAUGAGUACGUCGAUAAAGAUACCGACGAUGAUUCUACGGACGAUGAUGAGUGCGAUGCGUGUGAUUUCGUUCCCCAAAAUCGAUCCACGCCGAGGGCUAUAAACGCUAGUCAGCAGAGAGGAACGAGCAGCAAUGCGUUAAACGGUAGCCUGACGCGAAAUCAAGUCGCUGCUCGCCAGGUCGUCGCAAAGGAUUUACCCAUGUUUACAGGUCAUCCUGAGGAGUGGCCAAUGUUUUUUUCCACCUUCGAAAGCACAACGCGUAUGUGCGGGUAUAUGGACGACGAGAACAUGCUUCGUUUGAGAAACUGCCUGAAGGGAGACGCGCUUGGUACAGUACGUAGUUUUCUGCUACACCCGUCAACAUUGCGUAGGGCGAUAGAUGCACUUAAGCUGCGAUUUAGACAGCCGCAGUUCAUUAUACAGUCAUUGAAGGACAAAGUGUUAGCUACGCCCCCACUUAGAGCCGACUCGAUGAAUAAGUUGAUCGAUUUUGCGCUGGCAGUGCAGAAUCUUGCUGUUACGAUCGACGCAUGCGGGCGGAAGGAAUACCUGCGAGACGUUUCGUUACUGGGCGACAUAGUUGGGAAGCUUCCCGCUUCGAUGAAGCUAGAAUGGGCGAGACACACCAGGUGUUUGCGGAGGGUCAAUCUGGCGGCCUUCAGUGAGUGGAUCUAUGCCAUAGCGGAAGAUGCCUGCCUUGUUUCUGAGCCGCGUAGACAACAGGAGCCUGACCAGAACCAGGAGCCCCGCAGGAAGUCGAAGGCCUUUGUAAACACACACGCUGAGCAGUCUUCUAGCAAAGGGCGAGCAUCGAGCGUAUCUACGACGACUGGAGCCAGGAAAGCAAACCAAAACAGCUGCAUUGCUUGCAAAGGAGCUUGCGUGUCACUCGCGAAAUGUAAACGCUUCUUGGAACUCUCUUACGAUGGACGGUGGGCGACAAUACGCGAGGCGAGAGCGUGUCGCAAGUGCCUGAAACAGCACAAAGGUGGAUGCGAAUCGAGGGAUUGUAAGGUAAAUGGCUGCACCUUCAAACACCAUCCCUCAUUGCAUAAGGAACUGAGCGUCAACCCAUUGCACGACGAACAAGCUUGCAAUGCACACCUGUCUGGGUCGAGUACAACCCUAUUCCGUUACGUGCCGAUUGUAGCGUAUGGGAACGGAGUAAUGAUGCACUGCUACGCCUUCCUGGAUGAUGGAUCCUCUCUGACGCUGAUGGACCAGGAACUGGCAGAUGAAUUAAACCUUACGGGAGAGCCCCGGCCACUGUGUCUCAAGUGGACUGCAGGCACGCACCGUUCAGAACCUGAAUCCCGUAGUGUUAAUCUAGACGUCUCUGGGCCAAAGGGAAAGCGGUUUCAUCUCGAGGAUGUCCGCACUGUUAAAGAACUGCAGUUACCGGCUCAAACACUAGACGUGAAACAGCUACAAGCUGAAAACCGCUACUUAAAAGGUGUUCCGGUUGAACCCUAUUGUAAUGUUCGACCACCUAUCUUGAUCGGAGUAAGGCACGCAAGUGCGACGAUCGUGAGAAAAAGCCGGGAAGGAAAACCGGGUCAACCAAUCGCAAUUAAAACCAACCUGGGUUGGACGAUCUACGGUGGCUUUCCGACGGACAAGCCAAUGAAUAUGGUACACUAUACGUGCCACGUUUGCAGCUGUGAGCACGGGGAGAAGGAAAAUGACGACGGAUUCGUAGAACGCGCUAUGAAAGAGUAUUUCUUUCUUGAGAAUUUGGGUGUAACGCCGCGUUCUAGGCAGCUCCGUUCUAAGGAUGAUGAGCGGGCCAUAGAGCUUCUAUACGAGUUGACCCAUCAUGCAAAUGGGAGGUUUGAAACAGGCUUGCUGAAGGAGAAGUUUGCGGAUUACGUAGCGAAGGACUACGCUCGCAAACUGACCGAAGAGGAGCUGGCGGAGGACCACGAACGUGUCUGGUAUUUACCAGUCUUCCCAGUUACCAACCCUAAUAAACCCGGAAAAUUGAGACUCGUCUGGGACGCAGCCGCAAAAACUCAUGGAGUUUCGCUGAAUUCCUGUCUCCUCGCUGGGCCUGAUCUGCUCACGCCGUUGGUUAUCCUUUACAAGUUUCGCGAGUUCCGUUUCGCAAUAUGUGGUGACAUUCGCGAAAUGUUUCACCAAGUUGGCAUACGUAGCGAGGAUCAGCACAGUCAACGGUUCUUGUGGCGGGAUACCGAGAAGAGCGAACCCAAUGUUUACGUCAUGCAGGUGAUGACUUUUGGAGCAUGCUGUUCUCCAGCGAGCGCGCAGUUCAUAAAGAACAAAAACGCCGAAAGGUUCAGCAAACAGCACCCGACAGCUACCAGGGCAAUCGUACACUGUACUUACGUCGACGACAUGUUGUGCAGUACAGAAACAGAGCAGGAUGCGAUCGAGUUAGCAAAAUCAGUCUGGUACGUACACAACCAAGGUGGGUUCGAAAUUCGAAAUUGGAUGUCCAACUCCGUCGCCGUUCUGUCAGCACUUUGCAGUAACUCGGGAGAGGAGAAAAGCCUUGAUCUAUCGUCUGAUCUAGCAACAGAGAAGGUACUAGGCAUGUGGUGGUGCACCAAAACAGAUUGCUUCACCUACAAGAUCAACUAG